AUGGCCCCCCUGGUCCUUCCCCCUGAUCCCCCUGGUCUCUCCCCCUGGUCCCUCCCCCUGGUCCCUCUGGUCCCUUCCACUGGUCCCUCCCCCUGGUCCCCCUGGUCCCUCCCCCUGGUCCCUUCCCCUUGUCCCUCCCCCUGGUCCCUUCCCCUGGUCCUUUCCCCUGGUCCUUCCCCCUGGUCCCCCUGGUCCCUCCCCCUGGUCUCCCUGGUCCCCCUGUUCCCUCCCCCUGGUCCCCCUGGUCCCUUCCCCUGGUCCCUUCCCCUUGUCCCUCCCCCUGGUCCCUUCCACUGGUCCUUCCCCCUGGCCCCCCUGGUCCCUCUCCCUGGUCUCCCCAGUCCCCCUGGUCCCCCUGGUCCCUCUCCCUGGUCUCCCUGGUCCCCCUGGUCCCUCCCCCUGGUCCCCCUGGUCCCUCCCCCUGGUCCCCCUGGUUCCCCUGGUCCCCAUUUGCCAACUAAUGCACCUUCCAUUUACCCUUGCCCUUCCCACCCCCUCCUCCUCCCUUCCCUCUCCUCACUCCCCAACUCUCUUCAAAUAAGGACAGAAUUUGCCGCCCUGGCUGCAGAUGCGGACGAGCACGUCGGAUUCGCCACAGCUGCGUUGGGCGGCAACCUGCCCGAAGCUGACGAGCAGGGUGCGUUUCACAUCGUCCCCUCCGACCCCCCAUGCAUGGUGCCGUGGGCCUCUGUGGAUGCCGCACUGAACCCCCUCAUGCCAUGCCCACACACCCUGACUGCUGCUGCUGCUGCUGCUGCUGGUAACACGGACCUGGGGAGUGACGCAGGAGGUUUGGGGGAAGACCCCAAGGGCCCUCCGCCCCUGGUUUGCACCAUUGGCCCUGGAGAGAUGCUGUACCUGCCAAGCAUGUGGUAUCACCAUAAGAAGGGGACAGUCGCUCUUCCGUCGUUCGGACGUGAACUUGUGCCAUACUUCGUUCCAGGCUUCACUAACUUUACUGAGGAUGCUGUUAACAUCAAUACGGACGUGGAUGCUAUUAGGAGGAAUGGAGCAAGUGUUCUCGAUAUUCCCCAACCAGCCACGGUAGCUGGCGGCAUGCGGAAAAGUCGUGGCAACACACGGAGAUCCCCCAAGAAGAAUAGGUCGCGACAUGGAUCUCCUAACAACGAUACUACAGGUCGUUACACGAAUAAUGGUGCUUCAGCAUCCGGCGUGGCGGUUAAUUCCUCAACAACCAGCUACCCCGCUCCCGCAGCUGCAGCACCCCUUCCCUCCCGCGAUGUAAUUACUCCGCCACCUACCUCGGAAGCGUGGGCUGGUCCUGCGUACGUGAACUCUCCUCCUCCUAGCUCUCUUCCUCUUCCCAGCUUCCUUAAGGCUCAGCUUAAGCCGAGCCCUACCAAUGUUCGCGUCUCAUCGUCGGAACCCUCUUCUCCUCUCGAGCAGUCAGCACCUGGUUCGACUGAUUUCGCUCAAGACUACGGCCGCGUUCCCGUGCCGUGUGCCACUGAGCACAUGAUGGCUUACCCGAUGAAUACGUUGGUGAUUGAAGGUAACCUGAAGAGGCUUCUUCAGGUCGCUUAG